GAGACCCCCGGAGAGAACCCCGGAGAGAACCCCGGAGCUGCCCCCGAGGAGCCGCCAGCAGCAGGAUGGGCCAGUGCAACUGCCGCAAGAAGCGCAAGGACUGCCAGGAGCUCACGGACGUGGAGCGGGCCAUCGAGACCGUCAUCAGCCAGUUCCACUGCUAUGCUGUGAAGGGGCAGAAGGAGUACCUGACCCCCAACGAGAUGCAGGAGCUGGUGGUGCAGAAGCUGCCCCACCUGGGCAAGUGCGUGGGACCCCUGGAAGAGAAGAUCGAAUGCAUGGGAGACCCUAACGAGGCCAAGCUGGAGUUCGGAGAGUACUGGGACAUGAUGGGGGAUGCGGCCAAGGGCUGCCGGAGGAAGUAGAGGGUGGUGGGGGUCGGGAAGGCGCCCGAGGUCUGAGGCUCUGCUCCUGGAAGCUCCAGAGGCCGCCGGUCCCGGGGGAUGCGCCUGGGAAAAGCCACAUCGCUCCUGCCGGGUCUCGACUCCUCCCGCGCCGAGGAUCCCCCUCCCCGGCUCCAUCCCUGCCCUCCUUCCCGUCAGGAACUCUCCCUUCCCACCCCCAGCUCUGCCCAUGCAGGGGGAGGUGGCGCGGGGGGGGUCCCGGAGCCGCCUCUCCCCAUCCUUUGCCUCCAUCCCCGGCCUUGUCCCACCUGCGGCCCCGGGAAGCCUCCGGGAGCGGCUCCCCCAGCCCCGGAGCCCCGCGGCGGGCGGGACUCGGCUCCUUUCCCCCGAUCCCCCUCGGAUGUGGGGGCUCGGCCCCCAGCCCUGUGUCCCGUCACCCCCACGGCACCUCCGGGGGCUCCGCCGUGGCCCUGGCUGGGUUGGCGGGGCCCGGGAGCCUUCCCUGCCGUCCCCCCGGUUUUUGGGGGGCUGAUCCGGGAUGUGCUGCCCUCCCGGUGCUCCCCAUCCCCAGGGACCCCGGCCCCGGGGCAGGGGCGGGCUGGGAUCAGCUUGGGCGGCUCGCGACCAUUUUUGU